UGAGAAAAGUUCGUACAAUGUGCUGAGAGUGGAAGAUACAGACACAUGAACGCACCGGGCUGAAGACUGAUAACAGCAGCAGCUACUGUGUAGUGGAGGCACCGGGAAGUUCUGCUAAAGUUCUUCAUAUAUAUUUCGCUUUUAGUUAUUUAUUUAUUUGUUUGCGUGUGGAGUAUUUAUUAUAUUUCUAUCGAAGAUGAACGGAGUGACGAGAAGUCUGUGCACAUUUGAGGACAUCAGAAAUCAAGAAUAUGGGGAGAGGUGCAGGCGACUGCGGCUCACACUGCACAACCAGAACCAGGCAACCCGGAGCACAGAGCAGCAAAGGGACAAGCCAGUUGGACGUGCGUUUGCACUGGUGCAGCCGGCCAGCGACAAGACAUCUCUGAUCCCUGAACCGGUCAAAUCUACAGAGGAGCAGGUGGAGGUUAUCAAGGUUUAUCUAGAGGCCCGCAAACAAGAGCAGCAGAAACACCAGGAGAGCCUGAAGAUGCUGUCAGAUGAGGUUUCACAGAUACAGGAGGUGAGGUAUUGCCUGAAGACACUGAGGGAGCAGAUGGCAGCCAAAAACAAGCCACACACAAACGGGUGGAAAGUGAGCGUUCCCUUCAAAAAGAGCACCUCGUCUGCACCCAAGGGAGGAGCUAAAGCUGACGGACAGGAAGCAGAUGAAGAAGCAGAGAGAAUCAAGCUCAGGGAGGUCAGCAAGCGCUUAUAUGCACAGCUCCAGGAAGCAGAAAAGAAACACCAAGAGGAGAAAGAGAGGCUGCAGGCUGAAGGCAGCAGGCUGAGGGAGCAUCUGAGCGACCAGGAGGAGAAGUUGAAGACCACAGAAGAAGCCAGCAUGAGGAAAGACAUGCACAUAGAAGAUCUCCAGAGGUUGCUGGGAGGGAUGGAGCAGGAGAGCGCCACCCUGAGGGAGGCAAUCCGCAACCGCGAGGAGGAACUCCGUGAACUGCGCAAGAUCAGAGAGGAGGGCCAAAAAGGGGAGCAGAGGGCUGAGCAGUUGGAGAAGGAGGUGGCUGUUCUCAAAGAAAAGAUCCACCAUCUGGAUGACAUGCUGAAAAGCCAGCAAAGGAAAGUCAGACACAUGAUUGAACAGCUCCAGAACUCUCGCAUGGUGAUCCAGGAGAGAGACCGCGUGAUCAAAGAGCUGGAGGAGAAAGUGGCCUUCUUGGAGGCUGAGAACCGAGAGAUGCAUGACCAGAUGGACUACUUCCUGGGAGGACAAAGGUCAAAUUCCUACCUUUCAUCAGAGUGCAACCCCCAGAUCGUCUAUAGUAAACCAAUCAAGCCAUCCAGCUCAUCUAACAAACCACUCCCUUUCAUCAAAGUCAUCGAGAUCAAGUCAUGAAGCGAUGAUUGCGCGGAAGAAAGAUGCAGUAAUUGUAAAACCACCAAACCUUUUCAAUGCAGACUGAAACCACACAGCAACACUUCUGAUAGCAUGCAUAUUUGGGAUGUCAGAGCUGAGCUUCCUGGACUCUAACUACAUCAACACUUCCGCUAAAGCGUUUUAACCACAAACACUCUUGAAGGAAUCUGUGUGGUGUUUGGUGGCACACACGCAUUGAGGCUUGCUGUGUGUCUGUGCGUAAUGAGUGAAUGAAUGAGUGUGUGUGUGUGUGUAUGUCAGCUUUAAUGUAGACACAUUAAGAGUACUGAAUCCGCUGAUGUGCAUUUGAAUUUUUUUAUUCUGUAUGUCCUUGUCCUGCCCUGUUUUGAUUGCUUUUUAAACCUUUGACUUUAUGACAUUGGCAUUGUUGUAUCAAAACAAAACUGUUGAGCGAAGUGCAGGCUGGCUGAUCUUUUUCCAAACUGGGUUAUGACAUUAUUAAGUUCAUAUAUAGUAAUGUAGCAAACAUAGCUAACUAAGCUAAAAGUUUCAUGUCAUUAACCACAUGAUCUACAUUCUGUGUCCUUGUAGUCAGUCACUCACCCAUGACUCUGUUUACUUGGCUGAGUGAAUGGUAUGAUGCUUUAAACGUGUAAAUACUGACUGUAGCCUAUGUAACGUCAACACCCUGUGAUGAGAUGUUUUUAAAUAAAAAUAUUUUUUAAGCCCCAAACAACAAUAUGGCACUUUUUAAAACUGUGAGAUAGCAGGAGAAAUGACAAUGUCAGUAGUGUCAUUAUUCUAUAUUUUUUUGUAAAGCAUUUCAGCUCCCAGUCAUUGUGUAAACAGUCAUCUCAUUUUGUACAUAUUAUUAAUGAAUGUGAUUUGAUGUUUUAAUUUCUGCCUAACAACUUUCUCUUUUUGUAUUUAUUUAUAUUAAUAAAACCUCUAGACAGAUUGUGUGAUAGAUGUUUUAUGAAGGACAUUCUAAUCUAUUAUCUGUGUUUGCGGUUAUGAGAAUAAAUUACUUAAAAUUAAAA